GCAUUUCUGUGCCUCCUCUUACUCAUCCUACAGACCUCAUGCAGUUCCAUCCAGCUGACACAUUGAUCUGCACAAUCCCAUUCCUAUCUAUGUAUCACAGUAAAGCAUUAUGAUUCACAGCUCAUUGUCAGUCCCGGUGCAAACAAAGGCUGCACAGAGAAUUGCAUGUGAAUGAUAUGGAUUCUGUGCGAAGUCAAGACACAGGGGGUCACUGGGAACACUAAUAAUCCUCCUUUCUAUGUCUGUCCCCUCGGUAUACAGAGGAGAUCCUGCACCAAGCACAUCAGCACCUCGGACAGUGAAGAGCUCUGCCUGGAUCCUGGAUGUGAUGGGGUUUCAGCACCUUGGACAGCGAUCUCUUCUAUAGUCACCUCUGUUUCGUGCAGAAAGCAGCAGCCUGGAGAGUGAUCACUAGAACACAUAGGAUUCAGCAUCUUAGUGACAACUGGAUCUUCAGCAUCACCUUGGAAAGCAAUCACUUGCCUGUAAGGAUCGAACCCUCCACAGCGAUCACUUUAUAGAGAUCUAAUCUUCUUCAGCAGCUUGGACAGUGACCACUGGAUUCUGGAGAGAUCUAUUCCAUCCUUCCUUGGAAAGCAAAGAUCUAACCUUCUUCAGCACUCUGGACAGCGAUCACUUUUAUCUGCGGAGAUCUAACCAGCUUCUACACAGUGAUACAACAUUUUUGGCUGCAAUCAUUUGUGUCUAUAGAGAUCGAACCCAGCACUUUGGACAGUGACUACUUGCUGCAGAAAUCUGAGUGAAUCACGUUGGAAACUGUAAAUGAGUGAGGGCUGGAUGAGUCUGUGCUAGCACUGCGCAGUACACAACCUGCUUCUGCAGAACUCUGCUGGGUAACUGUCACUAUUUAUCAGGAAACUGCUAAAAGUCUCACUGAGCAUGGAAUUCUGCAUCCUGGGACUGCACCUUCUUUUCCUUCUUACAUACAUUAUUGGUCCUAACAUGGCAGAACAAGAAGUUGAGAACCUCUCAGGUCUUUCUAGUAAUCCUGACAAAAAUAUCUUUGUGAUUCGUGAAAAUGGGACGACCUGUCUUAUGGCAGAAUUCUCAGGGCGGAUCAUUGUUCCCUAUGAGGUCCCUGCUAGUAAUGAAGUGGAUUGGAAUUUGGAAGACGCUAAUAUCCAGCUGCCCAGAGAUACAGAAAUAAAGGGAAAAUGCUGGAACAAUGAGUCUGAACUGCAUCUGACGUGGUCGGACAAAUUGUGCACACUAAAAUUAUUCUUCGUCAAGGAUGGACAAGAUUCUACAAAAUCCAGUUUAAGAGGCUGGAAAGUGAAUAAAAUUCAGUUCCUAUAUGACUUAUCCGACCGCACAAACUUCAAAAAUGGUGCAAGACCUGGGAAGCACACUGCCAGCCGCCAUAACCUAUCCCUCAUGGUCACACCAGCUGGAAUGUCAUAUGAAUGUGAGGCCCCUGAGAGAAUCAGUCUGACCUCCACCGACCAGAAGAAGACUGUAGUGUUGUUCCUGUCUGAAGUCCACAUUCAACCAUUUGAUAUCAAGAGUGACUUUGUCUACAGUGAAGAAUACAGAUGCCUUACGGAUCAGAGAAAACAAUUGGAAGAGACAUUACCUCUAAUUUUGGGCCUAACCUUGGGAGUGGCCAUUGUGAUCAUCCUGGCUGUGUAUCACGUGCACCAUAAAAUGACAGCCAACCAAGUGCAAAUCCCACGAGACAGAUCUCUAUAUAAACACAUGGGCUAGACAAAGACUUACUAAAUGCAAGGCACAUCGAUUAUCAGGUAGAAAAAGCAAACAGCACUUUCCUGAUAUUCCUUCCACUGUCUUCCUUCGAGCUGUAUCCUACAAACAUGUCCCCACAUAGCUGUGAUGUGCCCGUAGUGGUUACUUUUACUGCACUGGAAACCAAUCAUGUGCUCUAAGCCUCAUACACAAGCAAAAAGUAGAUGCACAACCAUACAUGGGGGCAUCCUGAGUCUCUAUGGUUCAAUACAAUGGAGCAGUAGGCACUCAAUGUGUCGCCAUAUGGUGUAUGUGUCUAUUAUUGUAUUACUGAAGGAAGAAUAUCUUUAUAAUAUGGCGUCCAAUUGAUCAUGACCAUAUGAAAUUGGACACAUGCAGAGGUGUAGUAUUGCACCAUAUUGGUGCUAUACGGCUGCUCUGUACAGCUUGGAACAUGUACUGGCCAUAUUCUGUAUGUGUGCAUGAGGCCUACCACUUCCAGUGUAGAAUCCAUGCCAGUUUAAGUGUAGAUUUCUUUUAAAUAUUUUUACAUAUUUUGAUAUUAUUAAGAUUUUAGGAGAUAACCAUCCUACAUAUCUAAUGCCAUAUUUCGAGAUACAUUAAUAGUUGUGAAACUCUAAUACGAAAACUAUGCAUGUUAGAUAAUGAUAACAUAUUCAAACUUAAAUCAAAACAUGUAUAAAUAUUGUUAAAUAAUUUUAAGCUUUACACAGAGUUUUUAUGGACAAUUGUAAACACCAAAAAUUGUCAAAAGCUUUUCUACUACCGAUAGAGUGUUUCCCUUUAACUAAUUUAAUGCUAUGACAAUUGUUGGGUAGGGAUAAAAAAAAAAAACUACAAGCCUCACUUAUGAAAACAAGAGCAAAUAAGGAAUGGAACGGCCAUCUGUAGAUCAUCAUCUAAUAAAUUCUUAAAAGAGGUUCUCCGCUGCCCCAGCGUUCAGAAAAGUUUGUUUUGAACGCUCGGAUCGGGCAGCGGGGGUCAUUACAUCAUGUCCACGCUCCUUGUGACGUCACACCAUGCCCCCUCAAUGCCAUGCCCUCUGCCAUAGAUUUGCAUUGUGAUGUCACAACGGGCAUGGCCAUGAUGUCACGACCCCCGCCGUUCGCUCCAAGCAUUCUAGAGGAACGCCGGGUGCUUCACAGAGAUCUCGGGGGUCCCAGCUGCGGGACCCCCAUGAUCAGAUAUGUUCUCCCCUAUCCUCUGAAUAGGGGAUAAGAUGUCUAGAGGCGGAGUACCCGUUAACUCUUAAUCUACAGUGGAAGCAUCACAGUCGACCAGUUGUCAUGUGCUCCUCUUUGAUACAUGAGGCCGUAUGAGCGCAGGAGGCAUGCUGCAUGCUUUGUUAUUGUGCAAUUCUUUACAUUAUGACAUCACACUGUAAAAUACAGCUUUGGCUACUA